UCCCCGCCCCCAAAGCCCCGGAGUCGAGCUCUCCUCGAAGACCUGAGCAGGAGCCCAGCCGGCAGGCAGGAGAAAGCGGGAAGGAAGGAAGGAAGGAAAGCAAGGCUGGCGUGAAGGUUUCCCCAGACGCCGCCAGAGCAAAGAAGCAAGCCAGAAGUCGGUUACUACUAUGAGGGGCGCCUCCCUCUUCCUCCCCACAGGACGGACAAGACCCAUUGCGAUCCUCCUCGGACUGGCUGUCUUUCUAAGUGGCAAAGCGGACGCUGGAGGAAAAUCUUAUACAGGACCAUGUGCAGGAAGAGACUGCAGUGGGGGAUGUGAAUGCUUGCCCGAAAAAGGAUCCCGCGGCCAGCCAGGAUUGCUUGGACAGCUGGGACAUCCGGGGCCACCUGGUGUGGAAGGUAUCCCAGGUCUCCCAGGUCACAAAGGAGACAAAGGUGAAAGAGGCCAUCCAGGAAUAACCGGACCCAAAGGAGAAGUGGGACAAAGAGGGGUCACUGGAUUUUCUGGUGCAGAUGGUGUUCCUGGCCAUCCGGGUCAAGCAGGAUCAAGAGGGAAACCAGGCCAUGAUGGCUGCAAUGGGACCACAGGGGAUCCGGGUCAGCAGGGAAGCCAGGGACCUGGAGGCUUGCCAGGUUUCUUUGGAAUCCAAGGACCCAAAGGUCAAAAGGGAGAGCCUUUUGUACUGACUCCAGAAUUAGCUAGACAAUUCCAGGGAGACCCUGGUGACCGAGGCAUGAUGGGCUUCCCAGGCUCCCAGGGUCACCGUGGUUCUGUAGGUCCAUUUGGUCCAGUUGGAAGCCCAGGUCCACCUGGGCCCCCAGGACCACCAGGUCCUCCAGGAACUCAAGGCAACAAAGGUGUUGGUUUUUAUGGAGAUACAGGGGACAAGGGAGAUCCUGGGCCCCCUGGUCCUCCUGGGCCACCAUCAACGCGAGAGCUGGUGACAUCCACAGAUGUAAUCUCAAAUGAAUACAAGGGUGUGAAAGGAAUAAAAGGCAUAAGAGGGCAGCCUGGAAUCCCGGGUUCCCAUGCAUAUACAGCAGAAAAGGGAGAAGAAGGAAUAACAGGAUUUCCAGGAUCAAGGGGUUUGCCAGGAAUCAAUGGUCUAAAAGGAUCUGAUGGAGAUGUGGGUCUCCCUGGACUUGAUGGUAACCCUGGUAUUCCUGGUCAAAAAGGAAUGAAGGGAGAAACUGGGGACAGAGGGAUUCAAGGAUCGCCAAGUUAUGCACAUCAUCCCAGGCUCAUAAAAGGUGCCAGAGGCGACUGGGGCGCUAGAGGAGUCCCUGGGCCUCAAGGAGACAGGGGUGAACAAGGGAGCCCAGGCAUACCCGGCCUGCCAGGAUCAUCUGAUGAUAUCUCUGUGGGAAGAGGUUUGCCUGGUGAAAUGGGCCCCAAAGGUUUUAUUGGUAAUCCAGGUUUUCCAGCCACUCGCCCUGGUCCUCCAGGUUUAGAUGGUGAUCCCGGAUCCCCUGGAUUGCCUGGUCUCCCUGGCCCUCCAGGAAGUUCAGAAUAUUACUUUGGGGAGAAGGGAUUGCCAGGGGCUCCUGGGCCUGCAGGCAGCCAAGGAUACCCAGGGCCACGAGGACAAAAGGGUGGAAGAGGUGAGAAAGGAGAUUGCAUCUGCCCUGGAGGUAUAGAAGGAAGGUGGGUCCCUGCUGGCCCACCAGGCCCAACAGGCUAUCCGGGUCCAAUGGGACUGCAAGGAAGAAAAGGAGAACAGGGAGAUCAAGGCCCACACGGGGUUCCCGGUUUCCUUGGUGAAAGAGGAUCUCCCGGUGCGCCUGGACCCUCUGGACGACACGGACCUAAAGGAGAUGCCCAAUACAUUACAACAAAAGGUGCCAAAGGAGAACAAGGAAGUGAAGGAAUUCCUGGACCGAGAGGAAGAGAUGGUUUACCAGGCAAAGAUGGGAAAGAUGGCUUACCAGGAUAUCCUGGCCUCCGAGGCGAUGGGACCAGAGGUGAACUCGGUGAUGCAGGUGAUCCAGGCCUACCUGGCCAAAAGGGUUUCCCAGGUGAAGAUGGCUUGCCUGGUAUUGGCUUGGUGGGUCCAAAGGGAUACCGUGGCCCUCCAGGUGAUCCUGGGAUAUAUGGCAAUCCUGGAUUUCCAGGCCCUUCAGGUCCUCCUGGUGCUCCUGCUGAAAUAGACUGUGGACAACAGCAACAAGUUAUCAUCGUAGAUGCCAGACACAAUCGAACUGAACCAAUUCAAUCAGGGACUGGCUGUGUUCAACCUCCAAAAGGAAUUCCAGGACGUCCAGGUCUUCCAGGAGCCAGAGGUGCAAAAGGUGUAAAAGGAAUUCCGGGUGAAUUUGGCCUGCCGGGAUCAAAAGGAUUUCUUGGCCUUCAAGGGGAUCAAGGUCCAGAAGGUUCAUCUGGCCCGCCAGGAUUUACUGGGCCCCGAGGAAACAGAGGUGCGCCUGGCUUGCCAGGGGAGCAGGGCUUUCCAGGCAGUGUCGGCCUCCAAGGCUUCCCCGGGCCUGCUGGGGCCAAAGGGAUUACUGGUGAUAGACUAGGAGCAUCAGCAGGCCCUCCAGGGGAUGCCGGACCACCUGGAUUCCCAGGACUGAAAGGCCAGCAAGGAGACCAUGGACAACCCGGGUUGAGAGGGGGUGAUGGUUUUCCUGGGCCCCGUGGAGCCAAAGGAUAUCGUGGACCUUCAGGGCCAGUUGGCACAACUGGUGCGCCAGGACCACCAGGAUCGUUUGGGUUCCCUGGAAUGCCAGGCCAGCAAGGACUCAUGGGAAGAAUGGGACCACCAGGAUUUGUAGGCUCACCAGGUGACAGAGGGGAUCCAGGAGAUCCAGGACAAGAUGGUCCCAUAGGCAUGAAAGGUCUCCCGGGCAACAAAGGCGAAACAGGUUUCUUUGGUGCUAAAGGCAGGAUUGGUGACCCAGGUCUUCCUGGGUUAGAUGGGAUGCCUGGUCCCCCUGGCCUCAAAGGUGCUAAGGGCUCACCUGGAAUUGGUGGUUUCAAGGGUGCUAUGGGCUUCAAAGGGUGGCCAGGACGGAAAGGAGUCCAUGGAGAGCGUGGUGACACUGGAUCACUGGGUGUCCCCGGUCUGCCGGGCGAACCAGGAUGGAAAGGUGACCGUGGAAAUCGUGGUCCACCUGGAGCACCCAUUAAAUUUAUGCCUGGCAUGCUGUUAGAAGUGAAAGGGGAAAAAGGAGAUGAAGGUGCAAGUGGUGUCCCAGGGGCCCCUGGAUUCAAAGGCAGUAAAGGCCUGCUGGGUUUCCCUGGCCAGCCUGGAACGCCGGGUUUCCCUGGAAUUCCGGGUUUUGAAAAAGGCCGGAAAGGAGACUUUGGGCUUAAAGGAGUGCCUGGUGUCCCGGGAUUUCCUGGCAUCCCAGGAAUUCGUGGCAUUCCCGGCUUCCCUGGAAUCACAGGACGAAGGGGAGAAAAGGGUUUUCCAGGGAUUGGCGGUUUACCUGGUGAAAGUGGCCAGCCUGGGGAAAUCGGCAGUACAGGAGAUACUAUAAAUCUGCCAGGAAGACCAGGUUUUAAAGGGGAAGCUGGCAUACCUGGACCUAGUGGACUGAAAGGAGCCAUUGGAGGAAAAGGUGAUGUUGGUGAUCCAGGAUUUUCUGGCAGCGAAGGUCUGAAGGGCAUUCAAGGCUCCCCGGGUUCAAGAGGACAAGGAGGAUUCCCGGGGCAGCCGGGGUUGAAAGGCUUGCCUGGACAGCCAGGUAUUCCUGGAUCAUCAGGUGAAAAGGGAAACCCUGGGCAAAUUGGGUUUCCAGGAGUAAAAGGUCCGCCUGGCCCCCGAGGACUCAGUGGAUUAGAUGGUUUAUCGGGAACAAAGGGCUUGCCAGGAUCACCAGGUCCUGAUGGAUAUGGCCUCCCAGGUUUCCCAGGUAUUUGGGGUGACAAAGGUACAGUCGGAGAACCAAGUGCUAUUGAAGGCAGUAUAGGACCUCCAGGUCAGAAAGGAGAAAUAGGCGAUCCAGGGAUUCGAGGCCCAGCUGGUAUUUCUGGGCCUGAUGGAAGUCCAGGCUUUCCUGGCUUUUCCAAUAUAUCAGGAAUACCUGGCGACAUCGGAUCACCAGGCUUGGAUGGAGUACCAGGCUAUGCAGGAGCUCCAGGGCUUCCUGGGCUAGAUUCUUUACCUGGAGCUAAAGGAGAAGCGGGAAAAAUGGGUGUCAUUGGAGAAGAUGGUCAAAAGGGACUUAGAGGAGACCCAGGCCUAGCUGGGAGACCUGGAAUACCAGGUUUCCCUGGAGCAAGAGGGCAUAAAGGUGAACAAGGAGUCAUGGGCUUUGUUGGCGUACUGGGAUUUCCUGGUGAAACUGGCCCCACUGGACCCAAAGGAGACAGGGGGGCUAUUGGGUUUCAAGGUCCUCCUGGUUCUCCCGGAUUGCCCCCAACCCCCCCUAAACUGGUGGCUGAGCAGGGGACACCAGGUGCCCAUGGAAACAGGGGGCCUUCAGGUCCUUUUGGUGAAAUGGGCCCUCAGGGUCCACCUGGAGAUCCAGGCUUUAGAGGCGUAUCAGGUAAACCGGGACCCCAAGGAAGAAAUGGAAUAUCAGCAUUUCCUGGAUUUAGAGGUGAUCAAGGGCAAAUAGGACUGCAAGGCCCAGGGGGCUUUGAAGGUGGUCCAGGUGAACCAGGUACCACUGGCCCGCCAGGUAUGCCAGGACGCAGUAUUAACAUUGGAUAUCUUCUGGUAAAGCAUAGCCAAUCGGACCAAGAACCCAUGUGCCCUGUGGGCAUGAACAAACUGUGGAGUGGCUACAGCUUGCUAUAUUUUGAAGGACAAGAAACCGCACAUAACCAAGAUCUAGGCCUGGCUGGGUCAUGUUUAGCUCGAUUCAGUACAAUGCCUUUUCUCUACUGCAAUCCUGGUGAUGUCUGUUACUAUGCAAGUCGCAAUGACAAAUCCUACUGGCUCUCGACAACAGCCCCUCUUCCCAUGAUGCCUGUGCAAGAAGAAGAUAUCAGACCUUACAUCAGCCGCUGCACCGUUUGUGAAGCACCAGCUGUCGCUAUAGCUAUUCACAGCCAGGAUACAACUAUCCCGCACUGCCCUGAAGGAUGGCGGAGUUUAUGGAUUGGUUACUCCUUCAUUAUGCACACUGCAAGUGGUGCUGAAGGUGGGGGGCAGUCCCUCGUUUCUCCAGGGAGCUGCCUAGAAGACUUCAGAGCCACCCCAUUCAUUGAAUGCAAUGGCGCUCAAGGGACCUGCCACUACUUUGCAAAUAAAUACAGUUUUUGGCUGACGACCAUCGACCGUCAGUUUCAGCCGUCACCCUCGCCAGAUACACUCAAGGCUGGACUCAUCCGAAGACACAUAAGCAGAUGCCAAGUCUGUAUGAAGUAUUUGUAAAAUAGGGCACUCCCAUGUUCAAAUGGCAAGGGACAAACAUUGGUGCUUAUUUAACUUAUUACCUCAAAGUCUGAACAAGAAGUUGGUUUUCUGGAAUAACAAAGCAUUGCAAAUGCCAACAGCAAAUUAUAUUUUCUACUAUCACUCACAUUAUUAAUUAACUAGCUUUUGUACUGAUGCAAAUAGUAGACUUCUCUUGAAACAAUAGAAUUGAAUAAAACUUCUGCCUGUUAUGACCGACUUACGUCAACCAAAUGCUGUAAUUUAAUUCUUCUGUGUACUUACCACUGAAAAAAAUAACCCUAAGCCAUUAUUCAUAAUCACUGAAUAGUAACCACUAAAAUGAAAGUGCAAACCAUACAGGGAAUGGCUCAGAAAGCUAAAGAUAAUUAUUAUAUACUGUAUUAAAACAGCAGAAAAGCUACAAUCCAAUUUCUCAAUGACCAUAUUUUCUCGUUGAAACAUUUUGGCUGGAGUUUAGGACAAGAGAGAAGCAUGUCAGAAGGGCUAUUAGUUUAACUAGGUUUUGAAACAUGUUUCCAGUUACAGUUUGUGCUACAACUUCAUUUAAGAUUCAUUAUUGUUGUUUUUCUAAAUAGUAUGUUACCUCAUAUGCUGUGUACCUUCACUAGCCUACAGAACAUUAAUAAACUUUGCCUCCCCGCCCCAUACUCUUUACUGAAAAUGCUGGUGAAGAUCUAUCAAUCAAACCUGGCUUGGCUUUCAUGUAAGCAUACAUAAGGCUGCAGAAUAAUUCAGGCUCCAUUCCCAGUCUUUUUCCCAAUGUUCAGAAGCGGAACAAAAAGAUAUACAUUUAGAAUUACAACAUAAUGAGAAUACAAAAAUCCCCUCGACUAGACUUCAGUUUCAGUUGCAAUUUGGCAACAAAUGCUUCUGUCUCUUACUUUGAGGCCCCCGAAAUUACACAAUUGGGCUUCGAAAAAGGGGCACUCAGCUACACUUUAAUCUGAGGUCUGUGUUCAUUUACACUUGUGAUCCACAAGUUUGAUUUUGUACCAUUAAUAAAAUACUUUGUUUUAAACUGUUA